AUGUGGGAGCUGGUUAAUGGAGUCUAUUAUCACAUCCGUGAAGCAAGAGAAGGACAUAAAGAUAAAAAUAUUGCUUACACAAGUGUUAAGUCACAGUUCUCGCACAUCACCUUUUUGAAUUUUUAGCCAUAGCCAAUUCCAUCUCUUUCUCUGUCUUAUCCACAUUUAAAAGCAUGUAGACACCAUGGGCAAGUUCUUUGUGGAACACAGGCCAUUCUAGAGCCUUCUUGCAGAGAGAGAGAAGAAAUUAAUAAGGAGACCACAAUGGAAAGUGAAGAGAUAGCUAAAAAGGAGAUGAAGGUGGAGAUUCCAUCAGAUGCUGAAUUUGUAUCAGCCAUGUCUGGGCUUGCAAGACAGCCGAGUGGUGCAAAGAGCAAUUGUCUAUGCUCUCCAACCACGCAUGCAGGUUCAUUCAGGUGCAGGCUUCAUCGCACCCCAGGUCUUCAGCGAACAAGAAGCAUGGACUCCAAUAGUUCCCUAAGGGAUUCAACAUCAAAGGCAAAUACGACCACGGCUGAUUCUGCUAGUAAUGAAAACACAGUAAAAGCUCAGUGAUUCGCAGAAAUAAGUGCAUGUUAUUGUCAUCGCUAUAGUACUUCGUUAUUGCUUCUACAGCUUGAGUUGUAUCUACUUGCUUAUUGCUUUUAUAAUUGUUAAUCCACCAAUUUCGUUGCUUGAA